AUGGGUCCUGCUGCCGACGUUGACCUCUACCAGGCUCGGGCUGCCCUGCAGCACCAGCAGAGCCCCGAGGUUUCGGUCCCACGAGAAUUCAUCACCCAGAUUGUCGAGGAGCUCAUCCAAUGCCGCGAGGCUCACUCAUCCAUCGCGGAAAUCGAGCGCGAGUGCUCGCAUUUGCGAAAGGAACUACGAAAACAUACCCACAUCAACGAGGCCUUUCAAAAGGAACUGGGUGAGAUCGGUGAGAUCAUCACCCAGGUUGCCCAUGGAGACUUGUCGCAGCGCGCCCGCAUGCACCCGCUAGAGAUCUCGCCUGAUAUCGCCACCUUCAAACAGACUAUCAAUACAAUGAUGGACCAGUUACAAGUAUUCAGCCAAGAGGUGUCCAAGGUAGCCCGCGAGGUCGGCACCGAUGGAGUCCUGGGUGGACAGGCCAAGAUCGAGGGCAUCAAGGGCAUCUGGGAGGAGCUGACCGUCAAUGUCAAUGCCAUGGCGAACAACCUUACAACCCAGGUUCGCGAUAUCACAACAGUUACGACGGCGGUAGCCAAGGGUGAUCUCACCCGCAAGGUGCAGGCAGAUUGCAAGGGUGAGAUCUUGCUAUUAAAAAACAUUAUCAAUUCCAUGGUGGAUCAGCUACGAGAGUUCGCAUUCGAAGUUAGCCGUGUCGCUCGAGAGGUGGGAUCAGACGGAACCCUUGGUGGUCAGGCGGUAGUCCAUGGCGUGGAAGGCACUUGGAAGAACUUGACCGACAAUGUGAAUCGCAUGGCCUCCAAUCUAACGCAGCAGGUCCGUGAAAUUGCCAAAGUCACCACCGCCGUGGCCCGUGGAGAUUUGACCAUGAAGGUGACGGCAGAUGUCAAGGGGGAGAUCUUGGACCUCAAGCUUACCAUCAACUCAAUGGUCGACCGUCUCAACCAAUUCGCUUUCGAAGUCAGCCGAGUAGCACGCGAAGUCGGAACAGAUGGCACACUCGGCGGUCAGGCACAAGUGGAGAACGUCGAAGGGCAAUGGCGAAACCUUACGGACAACGUCAACACCAUGGCCCAAAAUCUUACUAUGCAAGUCCGGCAGAUUUCCAACGUGACCCAAGCCAUAGCUCGUGGUGAUCUGAGCACGAAAAUUGAAGUUCAUGCUCAAGGAGAAAUAUUGACAUUGAAGGAAACGAUCAACAGUAUGGUGGAUGGCCUGGGUCAAUUUGCACGUGAGUUGAAAGGCGUGGCGCGAGAUGUGGGCGUACGAGGGCAACUGGGUGGUCAGGCAAAUGUUGAUGGAUCUCUUGGUAUUUGGAGGUCGAUCAGCGAAGACGUCAAUACCAUGGCAGACAACCUGACAUCGCAAGUACGGGCAUUUGGAGAGAUCACAACGGCAGCUAUGAGCGGUGAUUUUACGUCACUCAUUACGGUAUCUGCGUCGGGUGAGAUGGAUGAUUUGAAACAGAAGAUCAACAAGAUGAUCUCGAGUCUACGAGAUAGUAUCCAGCGCAAUACUGCCGCUCGAGAAGCAGCUGAACUGGCCAACCGCAGUAAAUCCGAGUUCCUUGCAAAUACCAGUCAUGAAAUCCGUACUCCAAUGAAUGGAAUCAUUGGACUGACCAGUCUAGCUCUCGACACCGACGAUCUCCCUGCCUCCGUUCGCGAAACAUUAAGCAUGGUGCAUAGUCUAGCAUUCAGCCUCCUAACAAUUAUUGACGACAUCCUUGACAUCUCCAAGAUCGAGGCAAAUCACAUGAAGAUCGAAAAGACCGCAUUUAGUCUGAGCACUACCGUCUGGAGGGUUCUCAAGGCGUUUGACGUCCAAACAGUCGAAAAGGCAUUAAGCUUGAUUUACUCAGUCGACGGCAGUGUGCCAGACUACCUCAUUGGCGACGCCUAUCGAAUUCGUCAAGUCAUGAUGAACUUGGUUGGUAAUGCUGUCAAGUUCACUGACCACGGCGAAAUCCAUGUUUCCAUUAAGCACAUCCAGGAUAUCACUUGUGCAUCCGAUGAGGCUACUUUCCAGUUCUCAGUCUCAGAUUCCGGCAUCGGAAUCGAACAGAGCAACUUGGGGCUUAUCUUCGACAAGUUCCAACAAGCGGAUGGAUCCAUGACACGACGCUUCGGAGGCACGGGUCUGGGACUUGCCAUUUCAAAGCGCCUUGUCUCUCUCAUGGGCGGUGAUAUUUGGGUCACAUCCAACCCAGGCAAAGGAAGCACAUUCGGAUUUACCUGCAAAUUGAAAGUCAGUGAGCCUCCAAUGGCACUUGCUGAGCAAAUCAUGCCACACAGAAGUUGUCAAUUUCUGGUCGUCAGCAGUGCCAAGCAGACAGAAUGCCCAGCUGUUCGUAUGUUGCAAGAGCUAGGUCUCCAGGCCGUGAUAUUGACACAGGAACAACUCAUGUCGGGUCAAUGCAAUGGAAAAAUAAGUUCCACUUUCAGUGCUAUUUUCGUGUCAACAAUGGAGGAUGCUGUGGAGUUGCGCACAUGUGGUCACUUUUCACCGACGCCUCUUGUGUUUAUGGCUCCCGAGCUAUCCUUGCCAAUGAAAACUGCUGGUGCAUUGGGUAUAACCGCUUAUAUCACCACACCUUGCCGUCCCAUUGACCUCUGGAAUGGAAUUAUCCUUGCCAUGGGAAAUCGCCAACACACUAAUCAACCCGAAAAUACUCGCCCUCUCUCCAUCCUUCUCGCCGAAGACAACGACGUCAACGUCAAAGUAGCGGUCCGCAUACUUGAAAAGGCCAAACAUCAUGUUACUGUGGUCGGAAAUGGCCUCCAGGCCGUGAAAGAGAUCAAAAGGCGACGAUAUGACGUCGUCCUCAUGGACGUACAGAUGCCUGUAAUGGGCGGGUUUGAGGCAACUGCAACAAUCCGACAGCAUGAAAAGAUGCAGAAUCUCCCUAGAACACCUAUUGUCGCCUUGACGGCGCAUGCCAUGCUUGGAGACCGUGAAAAAUGCCUUGAAUCUGGCAUGGACGACUACGUCUCCAAGCCCUUACAACCCAAUCAUAUGAUGGAAACAAUUCUCAAAUACGCAGCGAUGAACAUCUCGUCAUUGUCUGUAGAGAAGAUGUGA